GGGACCGGCACCGGGACCGGGGACUCCAGACAUGAACCACGGCGACAGAGAAAGGACAUUAAAAGAGGAAUGAGACCGAGUCCACCGAGUGAAGAGCAAGUUAUGAGCCGAAUUGCGACGAAUUACCGGGGAAGGUGCCCGUGAGCGGAGAAAGCCGACUGAAAGGGGGGGAGGAGGAGGAGGAGGGGAGGAGGAGAGAGACAACAAAGUCACAAGCGCAGUCUUGAGUCCGGAGGCAGAGCCCCGGCAUGGCCGACGUGCUGGAGAGCGGCGGCGGAGGAGGCGGCGGCGCUGGCGGCGCCGGGGGAUCCGGAGAUGUCCGAGAGGCCGCCGUGGAUUGGCAGAAGCGCUGCGUCGCUCUGGAGAUGCAGCUGCUGAGGUUCCGGCUCCAGGCCGGGAACAUCCGAGAGCUGCUGGCAGAGAAGAUGCAGGAGCUGGAGCAGAGGGUGAUGGAGGCUGACCAGCGCGCCGAGGGUGCUGAAAAACAGAUCCACGUCAUGGAAGAAAAGCUGAAGUCCGCAAACAUACAAACCAGCGAGACGGAGAGCUCGUUGUACAGACGGUACCAAGAGCUGACCAACCGGGUCCAAGAAAAAGAUGCCGCGAUAAAGAGAUUAGAGGUGCAGCUGGAAAAACAGAUCUUCGUCAGGGCCCAGGAGGCAAAGAUUAUCGAGGAGAAGGCGGCCAAGAUUAAAGACUGGGUCACCUUUAAGCUCAAAGAGAUGGAGCAGGAGAACCAGCAGCUGAAAAUGGCCAACCUGAAGCAGACGGAGCAGAUCAUGUUUCUGCAGGACAAAUUGCAAGCUCUCUUAGAGAAACCUGCAUCGUCGGGAUCUCCUGCCGCCUCCCCCGUCACGGAUACCCACCUGGUGCCCAGCAGCCCGCUGUUUCCUCCCAGCUGCCCCGGCACGCCGCCGGCCCAAGAUGACGGCUGGAGGCAGGCGGGUCCCAGAGGGGCCGCCCCCAAUGUCAAGACCUCGCAGACGGAUGUGAAACGGGCUCCUGAACAGUCCGGCAAGGGGAUUUGUCUCGGGGACCUCGUAGCCCAUAAUGCUCUCUCUCAGGGUCGGAGCAGGGAGGGUCCCUGCAGCCCAGUCUCCACAAGUGCACCAGAGCUCCCAGUGGGCCCGGAGGGUCUGUCGGGGUGUUCCGACAGAGACAACUCCUCCGACGAGCUCAACAGCAAGUUCCGCUCCCAGUGCCUCCACUCGUCCUCCUCCUCCUCUUCUUCGUCCUCCGCCUACGAGAUGGCCCACGGGCCGAGCUCCCUGGAGUCGUCGUCCCUGGGGGUGACCCCCAAAAGCCCGCUCCUGUCGCGCUCCCCCUCCACCAACAACCCCUUCCCGAACCCUCCGGUUCACCUGUCGGGCGCCAGCAUGACGCUCCCCAAAGUACGGACCCCGCUCACCCCGAGGGACAGCAUCCAGCUGGUGAAGAAGCAUUACAGCCAGCCGCAGCCCAGCCUGGACCGGCUGCACCACCUCAACGUAAACAUAGACAUCGUGAGCCCGUCCUCCGCCUCCUCCACCCUCAAGAGCACGGGCGCCGCCACCUCGCCCUUCUCGCAGGUCGUGGAAGAGACGGACAUCGACGACGGGCUUCCCAACGGCAUGGACGGCGUGGUGGAGGGCUCGGGGUCGUCGGAGGAGCCGUGCCGGAACGGAGUCUCCUUUGUGGGACUCCCGGAAGAACUGGAGCAGCUAGAUCCACCGCCGACGCCCCCAUUACACCGCUUCCCUUCAUGGGAGAGUCGGAUCUACGCUGUGGCCAAGUCAGGAAUGAGAGUAUCCGAGGCCAGUCCUGGAGCCAGGGGCCCCGGACGAGGGUCCUACUUUCCCCAAUAUCCAGCGGCGGGUCCGUUCCCCCAGUUGAUCUACAAGAACGUCAACGUGCCGGUCUACACCACACUGAAAGGGAAAGCCACUCAGAUCAGCAGCGUGCCUCUUCCCGACGACGACUCCGGGUCGGAGGACGACAGCAGCUCUCUGGCCAGUUUACGGACCUCCGUCCUGUUCCCGGACAAGAAGGGCAGCGUCCCGGGGAGCCCGCGGGCCGUCAAGAGAGGCGUGUCCAUGUCCUCCGUCAGCUCGGAGAGCGAUUACGCCAUUCCACCCGACGCCUACUCCCUGGACAGCGACUACUCCGAACCGGAGCACAAAGUCCAGAGAACCUCCUCCUAUUCCUGCGAGAGCACCGGGCCCGAGAUGCUGGAGAAGUCGGGGUACCUGCUGAAGAUGGGCAGUCAGGUGAAAGCCUGGAAACGCCGCUGGUUCAUCCUGAGGAACGGAGAGAUCCUCUACUACAAAUCUCCCAGUGACGUGAUCAGGAAACCUCAGGGUCAGAUCGAGCUGAACUCGUCCUGCCGCAUAGUUCGCGGCGAGGGAGCGCAGACAUUUCAACUGAUUACGGAGAAGAAGACCUUCUAUCUGACCGCCGACUCGCCCAACAUCCUGGAGGAGUGGAUCCGGGUUCUGCAGAACAUACUCAAAGUCCAGGCCAGCAGCCCGGUUACCGCGGAGACCGCCGCCAAGCCCACCGUGAGGGGUUGGCUCACAAAGGUCAAACACGGACACUCCAAGCUGGUGUGGUGUUCCCUGGUUGGAAAGGUCUUCUACUACUAUCGUAACCAGGAAGACAAGCUGCCUCUGGGUCAGCUGCAGGUGCGGGAGGCCUCGGUGAAGGAGGUGGAUCGCUCCUGCGACUCGGACGAGGACUACGAGGCGGUCGGGCGAGGUUUCCUCUCCUCCCACUGCACCCUGGCGGUCCAACCGAGAGGCCAGAGUCCCACUUACAUGCUCAUCGGCACCAAGCAGGAGAAGGAUACGUGGCUGUACCACCUGACGGUGGCGGCGGGCAGCUGCGCGACCUUCAGAGUGGGCACGGAGUGCGAGCAGCUCAUCGGUAAACUCCUCGAUGCGGAGGGAGACCCAGAAUGUGCCUUGUGGAGGAGCGAGGCCUUGAGCUUCUGUAAGGAGGGUCUGCGUUCGCCUCUCACCACUCUGCCCUCCGAAGCUCUGAAGACAGAAGCUCUCAAGCUUUUUAAGUCCUGCCAGCUCUUCAUCAACGUGCUGGUCGAGUCUCCGUCCGUCGACUACCACACCUCGCUGGCCCAGAAUGCAUUGCAGGUGUGCCUGACCCACCCGGAGCUGCAGAACGAGGUGUACUGUCAGCUGAUCAAGCAGACCAACCGCCACCGGACGCCACACAACUACUCGCUCACGCAGUGCUGGCAGCUGUUGUCUCUGUGCGUGGCGCUGUUCCUCCCUCAACAACAUUUCCUCUGGUACCUGAGGCAAUACCUGCAACGCAAUGCCGACCCAAGGAGCGAGGUGGGGAAGUACGCGGUGUACUGCCAGAGGUCCGUGGAGCGAACGCUGCAGAACGGAGAGCGCGAGGCCAAACCUUCCCGCAUGGAGAUCGUCUCCAUCCUGCUCAGGAACCCUUACCACCAUUCGCUGCCAUUCAGCAUCCCGGUCCACUUCAUGAACAACACCUACCAGGUGGUGGGCUUCGACGGCUCCACCACAGUGGAGGAGUUCCUCAACAUGCUGAAUCAGAGGAUCGGGGCCAGGAAGCCUCAGCUUUCCGGGUUUGCGCUCUUCACCGAUGAUCCGUCCGGCAAAGACCUGGAGCACUGCCUGCAGCCGACUGCCAAGAUCUGUGAUGUCAUUUCCAAGUGGGAGCAGGCCCUGAAGGAGUUGCAUCCUGGGAAAAACGAGGGCACGCGGAUCGUGCGUCUUACAUACAAAAGCAGGUUGUGUUUCAGAUCUCAAGUGAAAGGAGAGACGGACCGAGAGCGCCUCCUGCUGGCGUACCAGCUGAACGCCGAAGUCCAGCAAGGCCACUUCCCUGUGAACAAAGAUCUGGCUCUGGAGGUGGCCGCCCUCAUGGCGCAGGUAGAACACGGCGACUUGGAGAGGCCGGCCGCCUCCUCCUCUCCGACCGGCUCCCCUCAGCCCAAAUCACAGCUGAUUCUCCUGCAGGCCUUAGAGCGCUUCUACCCCAAACGCUACAAACAGGACUGCAGCUCGGAGCAGCUCAGAGAUCUUACUGAGCGCCUGGCCACUAAGUGGUCUAUGCUACGUGGGUGCAGUGCACCCGAGUGUGUGAGGAUAUACCUGACCGUGGCUCGCAAAUGGCCCCUAUAUGGAGCCAAACUCUUCAGCGCCAAGCCGCUGCCCCCCUCCCCCGUGGAGCAGAGCCAGGUGUGGCUGGCGGUCAACGAAGACGGAUUGUGCGUGCUGGACUACGCGAUGCACACGCUGGUCACACACUCCUACCAGUCCGUCAUCACCUUCGGUGGUUGCCGUGACGAUUUCAUGGUGGUGACGAGCCAGCAGAGGGAGCCCGGCGGCGGGAAGAAGAGCGCGGAGAAGCAGGUCUUUGCCAUGGCUAAGCCAAAGAUCCUGGAGCUGACUCUGCUCAUGGCGAGCUACAUCAACCACUGGAGCCCCGGCCUCCCGUCCGCCUCGCUGCAGCCCCCCGGGGGCCACUGGGACGGAGACAGCAAACACUUCCCCGCCAUGAACUACACCACCAAGGGCCCCACGCUGCUGUGAACCAAUCACAGGGGGGGAGGGCCCGAGGACGCACGUGGCCUUUAGUGCGCUUUCACGUCGGGUACCAGACUAUUAUUAUUAUUAUUAUUAUUAUCUUCUUUUCUUUUUUUUUAUGAAACGUCAGCAUCGGGUCUCGUUAAGACUAUUUAUUUCUACAACAAAAAGAGUGUUUUCAACUCUAUUUGGAUUUUAGGGUUCUAAAUGCAGACGGAUAUGUGCCUUCAUUCUAACAUUCACGUUUUCCAGUUUUUCAGACCUCUUGUCUGCCAUAAGCUGGUUUGCCUUCUGAGAGCCGGUUUGACUGGAAUACACCGUUGUGUGUGUGUGUGUGUGUGUGUGUGUGUGUGUGUGUGUGUGUGUGUGUGUGUGUCGCUGUCUUUUUUCGCGAUGUACCGCGCAGUUAGAAAGGUCACGUGAUGCUUUUCAGCGUCUUUAAUUUGAUAUAAUCCACAUCGAAGAAUUUAGAGCUUUUUAAUUAGAGAUUCAUUUGAUGAAUUAAAUGAUUAAUUUCUUGGUCAGAAAAUAGAAAAGUUGACAUAUACAUAUAAAGAUAUAUAAACGUGACUGUGAGGAGCUGGUUAUGAAACGAUGUAAUACUGACGCCUCGACAUCGCCGACAUAGAGAAACAAACCGUCAGUGGGAUAACGGUAUAUUUCCAUAAAGUUAUCGGGUUGGAUUCAGAUGAAAUAGUCCUCAUCUGGGCCUCCAGCUGCAACCGGCACGCCGCUGGAGACCCAGAUCUGGCUUCGCUGCAGUCUGAGGGGAAAAAAGGGAGGAGGAGGAGGAAGAGGAGGAGGAGGAGGAGGGCUCAUUGCCAGCCUCUCUGAUCCUCUGGGAGCAAACACUCACACCAGGCUGAUGUUCUGCUGGGCCUCGCUGGAGGGAAGGGGGGGGGGCCACGGGAGAACCAGAACUGAGCGGGGCAGCACGGUCAGACCCACGCUGCAGUAAAACGAGAGGUGGAAUCUGGUCCUCUGGAAACACUACCGCUUCUGUCCAUGAGGGGCGCCAGAAUCAACACAACGUGUCGUGUUCCUUGUCGUAGCUUUUAAGUUUAAUUUCAUAGAAGCUUUUCAAACAGAGAGCAACGUGUUUGCAUUUCAACAACUGGAACCACAGAGUUGUGCUUUAAAAAAAAAAAUACUUAAAUGAUUAAUCGAUUUAUAAAAAUUCAAAAAAAUCAAUUAACCAGCUAAUCGUUUCAACUCCACCUCGAGACAAUUUGGUUUUCAUCGUAAAAAAAGAAGGUUUUAAGACAGUUUUUACCCCAUAGAAAUAAAUAUAGGAUUUUUUUUGUAAUACUUUUCUAUUGUUUUUUUUAAUGAUAAUUAAUAUUAUCUGAUGUUGUUGUGAUGUUACUGAGGUACACAAUAACACAAUGGAAUGAAAGGUGUAUAACAGUGAUGGACUGUAUGAGUAAUGCAUCUGUGAGAGUUGAGCAACACAUUAGGCGUAUUAAUAAUAAAUUCAGUGUUUUAAUAAAUAACAAACGAAAGGAGAGGACAAAUAAAAGGAAAAAAAAAAGACUUGAACUGUUUUGGAUCAAACCACUUGUGUCCAUAUUAGUUAUUUAUGUUUACACCCCAAAAUUGUUUUGUUUUCCACGACUGUCGCGUUUAUAUUGGAAAAAGUUUCCUUUAUGCAGCGGAGUAAUUUAAGAGCAGCGUGUGUUUGGAUAUCUGUCCUCGAAUGUGUUGAUGUUUGUUUGUGCGACGCUAGAAUAAACGGUACAAUCCCGUGUCGCUGUGUUUUACUUGUGUCUUUAUUUAAUCUAAUACGUACGUUUUUGCACACGAGAAAUAUAUGCAUAAAUAUGUAA